AACCUUACAACGAAAGAAUAAUUUCAGUUUAUUGUUUCCAAAAUGUGUCAAAUCAUAUCGAGCCAAUCAUUGUCUUUACUGAAAGUCAAAGCAAAGACGGAAACAACUGUGAGUCAUCCUCUUGCAUCCCAGUUCCUCUCUGUAGCGUCAGUUGGGGCCAUAGGGUAUUAACAGUCUGUGGUUGGGGCGUGUGACUGACGCUCCUGCCUGCUGAGUUUAGAGCAAGUCAAAUAUCCUGCUAUCGACUCUACAAAGUGCUGUUGCCUUAAGUUGACCGAAGAUGUUUUUUGCCAAGAAAUUUAUGAGUGGCCUCAUUGAUGUUGUCAGCAACAUCGACCCAGCCCAGUUCGUGCCUUCUGAGCCUCCUCCCCCCCGCAGACCAGUCCAAUAUGCAGAGCAGAAUGAGAGCAAUGAAGAGAAACAGUUCCGCAGAGUCUUCCAGCAACUUGCUGGAGAUGAUAUGGAAGUGAGCCCCUCUGAGCUGAUGAACAUCCUGAACAGAAUCGUUACAAAGCACGGGGACCUGAAGACAGAUGGUUUCAGCAUUGAGUCUUGUAGGAGCAUGGUGGCCGUCAUGGAUAGUGACAGCACUGGGAAACUGGGCUUUCAUGAAUUCAAGCACCUCUGGGACAAUAUAAAGAAAUGGCAGGGAGUGUACAAAACCUGUGACACGGACUGUUCCGGUUACAUUGGUGCGAAUGAGUUGCCCAGUGCUUUCAGAGCUGCUGGCUUCCCCCUCAAUGACCAGCUGUUCAACAUGAUAAUUCGCCGAUACUGCGAUGAAAAUGGAAACCUGGAUUUUGACAACUACAUUGGCUGCCUUGUGAGGCUGGAUGCCAUGUGCCGUGCCUUCAAAACCCUGGAUAAAGAUGGCAAUGGGACUAUCAAAGUCAAUGUUCAGGAGUGGCUUCAGUUGACCAUGUACUCUUGAAUCCAGAUGAUGUCUCCCCUGCUUGUCCUAUGAAACCACUAUGUUUGUCCACUUAAGUGCAAAAUAUAUUCUCAGUCAUCUCUACAGCGUCCUGUUAUCCAGCAGUAUCCCUUGUGUGCGCAGGUUUAUUUUUUAUGUUAAUGCAGGUGUUGUCGGAUGGUUCACUGUUCCAUUAUACUUGCGAGACAGAAUGUAUACUGUAUUAGCCAACCCAGAAAAGCCCAAACCUGCGCUCACAAUGGUACCCACAGCAGAGCAUCAACUCAUAAUUUAGGUCCAUAAAGGUGCUAGUAUAUUGAAUUGGUUAUCAUUUGGUCUGCCUGUUUGUUAUAUGCAUUUGAUCUUCCUCAUGCCUGAGAGCAGACAGGCCAACAUCAAGACGUUUACGUAGUGACUUUUGUGAAAAACCUAAUGUGAAAGCAGGAAGCUUCCGUUCAAAGUUGGCUGUGGCUGGUUUCACAAAGAUUGUAUGUGUGCGUCUGUGGUGAGGGGCCAACAUUAGUUUUGCUCCGAGACUGUUUAAAUGGUUAAAUGCUGGACAAAAAGAAAUUACACCUGACAACUCUGUCACUUGCUAGCUAAAUCAGGAAAGCCUCCCUCACCAACUUUUACCUGAGCAGAGGACUUGAAAACACCUGGGAGGAGUUGCAGGGCAUUUGAGAUUGUUAAUGUACUAUAUGGCAAACAGCAAAUCUGUCCUAAAUGUUAAAGGCUCAGCACUCAGCAUAUUUUCAGGUAUUAUGACUGAGUAGACCUCUGAAUAGGGUGAAGUUGGGUGGAGCUAUUCUGAGAAACACCUACCAAAUCCCAUUAAGUCCUAAGAAACAUGACUAAUCAAGGUGUGUUGUCCCAGCCAAAUGGGGAAACAACAUGGAAGUGUUGGCAAAAUGGCAGUCAGUCUGUUCACACCUACAGUAUGCAGCCCAGAGAAGAGGCCUAAUUUGGGUAACAUGUAAACAGGUAUAGGUGGGCUGUCUUUGCGGAGACUUUCAGAAAGACUGUAAAAAUGUAACGUCACUAUUUCUUAGACCACAGUCGUAUUCAACAUCCUUGUGAAACCAGCCCCAAACCGGUAGGCUAAUAUUAUUCCAUUUAAUGUUCAAUUCUGGUAAUGCAACUUGGCCGUAGAAAUCUCCAUAUACCAGAUGACUGAUCCCUUUUCUUAUCACAGUGUUAUUCAAAAUGCCUGUACUAUAUAAUCUCCACACAAUGUGUAAAUUGAUAAUAUAUGACGUGUGUAUGCCACUUAUGCAUGCAGCCAAUAGUAAAGAUGCCAUUAUUAAGUGUUUUAACCACAUUAUAGCCAGAGUCAUUUGCUUGUUAUUAAAUGCUUGGCUAUUAUAUAUCUGUGCCAUAUUUGGAAUAAAAAGGGUAUGUUAAAA